GACCAUGGCCAUGUUGGAUGGGUGCUUAGUGACCAGCCUUAUCACUACAACCCUGCGGAUCUCUUGGGCACAAGUCUGGGUAAAUCUCCUGCACUCAAUGAAGGCAUGAUGUCGAGUUCGAUGGACAUUGCCCACUCGUUUGGAAACUUCCAGCACCCUAGCCACGAAUUGUUGCGCGAGAAUGGGUUUAUGCAGCAUAAGUACCAUAAGUAUCACGCAAAGGCAUUAAAAGAACGUAAGCAGACCGGUGUUGGUCAGUCUCAGGAGAUGAACACCCUCUUCCGUUUCUGGUCCCACUUUUUGCGUGAUCACUAUAACAAGCGCAUGUACAAUGAGUUCAAGCGUCUGGCUGUUGAAGAUGCCAACCAAAACUACCGUUAUGGCUUGGAAUGUCUUUUCCGAUUUUAUUCUUAUGGUCUCGAGAAGCGUUUCCGCAAAGAAGUGUUUGAGGACUUCCAGGAAUUGACUCUGGCAGAUUACAACAAAGGUCAUUUGUAUGGUCUCGAGAAGUUUUGGGCCUACUUGUUCUUCCGCAAGGACAAGAAGAAGAGAGAGAUCAAGGUUUGCGAACCUCUGAGCCAGCUUGUUGCCAAAUUCAAAUCUGUCAAAGAGUUU